AUGAAUGGAGGCUUAUUCUGUGGGCAACUGUCAGAGCAGAAAAAAAUCGAGAAAUCGAUGAAGCUGGUGCAGAAACAAAUGAUGUUUAUGGCGAUGAAGAACAAUGAAAGAGUUAUGACUCUUAUAACUGAGGAAGGUGGUUCGCAAAGUGCAGACCCUCCUAGACGACGUAAUGCUACAAACUCGCUUGCCAGGAAAUUCUCAUCACUACAGGUGUCUCACUAUCCAGUCCUACUAUUCGCCAACACUGAUACCGAAGAGCAGAUGCCGUCAGUGAUCUGGAAGACAAGGUUGCUUCUCAUGUAUACUUCUGGUUUUGCAUGGUCAAGAUCAGUCGUCAGCAACUUCAUUUACUUCCUGACAGCUGUAUGA